AUGAUUUCUGGACGUCUGUUGUUCCGUGCCCAGUUCAUGAGGAGCAUUUUCGGCGAAAUACUUCUUUCGCAAUCGCAACCUCUUGAAUGUUUUUUGCUGCCAGGUAAAGCAGCAAUGCUUGGUGCAUUAACCUGGAUGUUGGCAGUGGCUAUAGGAGCGGUACGUGCGGACAUUAGCGAUCGACCAGUAACAAUUCGACUGCAGCCGCAAUUCCGGAAGCCAAAUUUUAUGAAGGAAGUAGCGCCACCACGUCCCAUACAGCCUCCAUCCUCACCAGCCGCCAGUCGUCCACAACAGUCUCCAUCAUCAUCCAGCCGUCCGGCGUCCACUCUCGCUGCUCAGCUUCCCAUCAUACCACCAUUCGUGUCGCGUCCGAUAACUACACCUCCACCUCCACCACCGAUCAAUAUACCUCCCGAUGUACAAAACCAGCUUAUCAAGUUCUUUGGUCUUGACAGCUUUGGCAUACCCGGUCUCACUGGUAAUCAUCCAGAAGGCUUCGCUGGUGCUAUCCAGGAAUUGCGAGCUGCUGGGAUCCCUGUUCAAGGCCUGCCACUGGAACAUAUAUCAGGAAGCCCGCCUCCUCCAGCCCCACAAAAUGAUUUACUAACACAAGCAAAUCCGGCAUUCGGCAAUCAGCUGAAUCAGUUAUACAAUGAAGCGACUGGUCCGACACAUUACCGUGGCACAGGCAGCAUGCCGCUUCCGGAAGCCACACCUGGAGAAAACGGUCUCAUUGGCUUGCUGUCAAGUUCGAUCAGGAAGCUAGUGCAAGACACCGGUGUAGCAGAUGCUUUAUCGCAAGGUAUUCCGAAUGUUCUGGGUACCGGUGGUGCCGGUGACACAGCUGUUGCUCAUUCAACAGAUGCCGAGUCAGCAGUAGCUGAAGCUGCUGCACAAUCGAUUUCCGGGUCCGGAAUUCGCAGACAGCAAAGUGCUGCACAGCGUGUACUUUCCGGAGUGGCCGCAGCACUUGGUGCCGGUGGUGGACGUGGACCAACCCAUGCCGGUCUACCGAGAAUACCUGGUUUCCCACUGCUACCAGGCGGUAUUCCAAGAAAUGAACAGGGUCAAAUUGAUGUCGUCCAGCUUAUUGGAUCAAUAACGCGACGCAUUUCGAAUGGGACAACGCUGGCUGACGUAAUUCCACCGGAGCAACUGCAGACUCUCGCGGAUAACGUUACGGAUGCGCUGCUACCGCCAACUCCCGAAGAUUUCGAUCUGCACAAAUUCAUGGGAAGGUGGUUCGAAGGCAUCAACAGUCCACGGGCUACCGAACAACGCUGUGUCGUUCAUCACUAUGGUGGCUUGACGAAAAAUGACAAAACAGCAACCUUCACAGCACUGAAGAUUUACCGCGAAGGCAGCGAAUUUGGUCCGGUACGGUACUCGAUCGGUUAUGCGUUCCGUGGCGGCAACAAGGAUGCCAUGCUGCAGCUGCAUAGCUCAGAGACGUCGGAUGCACAGCCGUUCUGGAUAUAUAAACUGGGUCCAGAAGGAACGGAUCCAUUUGGUAAUCCGCAAUACGAAUGGGCAGUUGUUUCGAACUGGGUGAAAUAUCCGGUGACAGUGCUGGUACGAGAUCCAGAUAAAUUCAAAGCGAAAUAUGAACAAGAAGUUCUCAGAUGGCUGGAGGAUCAAGGAUUCAUUAACGGCUUCAUCAGGGCAUUCAAUAUGUUACAACCCGCCAGCUACAGCUCAUGUCAAUACGCGGACAGUACUUUUGAAGUAUUCGGACCAAGUAAACGUUUGACGUGA